AUGGAAAAUAUAUCACAAGCAUCGCCACUACUGCCUCCCGUGAGCGGCCGCCAUGACGAGGCGACACAAACGAAGCGUGACAAGACGGGUGCCGUCGUCGUCGUCGUCCGCCUCCUGCUCUACACCACAUUCCUAGACCUCAGCUUCUGGCUAAUGGAGCCCGCACAAACCCGCAUAUUCGAGCGCAUAUACUGUCGGGAAUACUACCUGGAGCAUGAGCCGAGUCUCAUCGGCAGCGAUGGCCGCCGCGGCGUCGAUGAGAAGUGGUGUAAAGUCAGCUGGGUGCAGGCCGAGGUGGCCUUUCUGAAGGGAUGGCAGUUGACGCUCGACAGCAUAGGCAUGUUGGCCUUCUCCAUCCCAUGGGGCUACGCCGCCGACUCGUACGGCCGGAAACCCGUGCUUCUCCUCGUGAGCAUGGCGAUCCUAGCGAAACACUCGUACGUGCAGUUCAUCAGCUAUCUCGACGGCGCCGUGCCGCUGAAAUGGGUCUGGCUGUCGGCCCUGCACACCGUCUUUGGCGGCGGCGUGCCCGUUUCCGCCGCCCUCACACAUACCAUUGUUUCCGACGUGGUCGCGGAGAGGAACAGGGUAACCAUCUUCUUCCAACUAAUGGCCGCGAGCAUCACGGCGGAGUUCCUCGGCUCCCUCGCCGCGGCUGCUCUGAUGGUCUGGAACCCUUGGAUACCCAUGAUUCUCGCCGUCUUGAUCAAAAUCGCCGGCAUCAUCAUCCUGCUCUUUAUUCCAGAGACGUUGAGCCCCGGCCCGGCAGCGCCACGCCGUCCGGUUAUGCCGGCCGAGGAAGCGGAUUCGGGCCGCUGGUGCUGCCAAAGCGCACUCGGGCGGUUUCUGAGCUCCAUGGCCUUCCUGAUAUCCGACGUCAGGCUCCUGCUCAUCAUUUCCCCCUUCCUGAUCCACCUGCUCUUUUCAAAUGAGGAAAUUCUGCGUCUGUACAUUUCGGCUCACUACGGACAAACCCUUGCCCACGCCACCGUGAUUAUAUCCAUCCGCUCAGGCUGCGUCUUGUUCCUCAACGUCCUUAUCCUACCGGUUCUCAGUACGUACUGUCGAAGACUGUGGGGGCCCAGACGAUCUGAUUUACUCCUUACACGUGCCAGCGCAGCAUUUUUGGCGUUUGGCUUGCUAGGUGUCGGCGUGGCGCGCACGCAGCCGCUUUUGAUAUCCGCUCUUCUUGUCAACUCCCUCGGAUGGGGGCUGUUUUCGUUCGUCAGAAGCUUGGCGACUGCUCUAGUCGAGAAGCGCGAUGUUGCGCGGCUGAACAGCGUUAUUGGUGUCUUUGACAUCGUGGGACGGAUAGCCGGCAGCCCUGUUCUCGCGUUCCUGUUUGCAAGGGGAGUCGAGAUGGGUGGCACGUGGGCUGGGUUGCCCUUUAUAUCCUGCUCUGGGAUCGUCAUGGUGCUGUUGCUUGGACUGACGCAGGUCUCUGUAUGA